AUGAGAUUUGAUAUAUUGAUGAUGAUGGCAGGAUUGGCCAGUGCCUCACCAAUAAAGUUCAAAAGAGAUCAAAUUGUCGAAUACAAUGUCACCACCACCACCUUCAUCAAUGGCACUGUACAUCAUGGAUCACCAAUAUCCAAUAAUGAGACUGUGUCUGAUUUAAACCUCCAAGAUAAGUCUCUAGGACUCUGGAUGUUUUCCUCGGGAUCCAAUGCUUGUGAAACCACCAACAAGCUCCACUAUGGCGGGGCGCAUCCAGCUUCGAUAGAGUACACCGUCACAGACUAUUACGACAAGAAAUAUUAUCAGCUCAUGUGGAAGUUCAGUGCGGAAAAGUUCAGUAGCAACGACAAGAUGCCAUCAAUCAGUUUCCAAAACACCGACGGUUACGACAUCAAGACCACGCAGACCAAGGGUAGCCUGGACUUUUCAGUCCAGUGGUACGCCAAAGACUGGGAGCAGUUCAAGACUUAUCCAUUGAGUUUGGACGUUACAUAUGGCGAUAACUAUACCAUAAGAUAUUCCAGAAGCUGUGAUGGUGAUAAGAGCAGGCGAUGUGAGAUGAUUCAAUUCCCAUUGAAUCCCCCAGAAUGCUAA